CCUUCCCAUAGCAGCCCCUUGCCUGGCUCCUCCCGCUGGCCUUAUAACAGCGUGGAUGCAGCGAGCCUUCCCGUUCCAGCAGUUCCAUUUCCCUGCCCAUCGAAGUGCUGCAGCUGGGACCUGGUCAGACAGACCAAGCUGGGAGAGGCUGAAGGAAUUGCUGAAGUUUCCUCUAAACAGUAACUAUUUCUGCUGCAAUGGACAGAGGACUUCACUUUAUGUUCUGUGUGGUUACAACUGUGCUGCUCCUGAGAGAAUCGAGCCAGACAGGAGCAAUGAGGAAUGAUGAUGCUAUGAUUAAGGCCAAUGGCUUGAGGGGACCAGAAGAGAAUCUUCCAGUUUUGACUGUCACAACGAUCUUGGAAGAUCCCUAUGCCAUGGUGAGAAGUGCAGAACUGGAGGGAUACUGCAUCGAUUUGCUGAAAGCACUUGCUUCAAUGCUUCACUUCAGCUAUAAGGUGAAGGUGGUGGGAGAUGGGAAGUAUGGAGCCAUCUCUUCCAAUGGGAACUGGACAGGGAUGAUUGGAGAGAUUCUGAGACAGGAAGCAGACAUUGCAGUGGCUCCCUUGACAGUCACAUCAGCAAGGGAAGAGGUUGUCUCCUUCACUACACCAUUCCUGCAGACUGGGAUUGGAAUCUUGCUUCGAAAGGACACCAUCUCCCAGGACAUGUCUUUCUUCCACUUCCUGGCUCCUUUCAGUAAGGAGACUUGGACUGGCCUCCUGUUUGCUUAUGUGCUGACGUGCAUCUGCCUCUUCCUCGUUGCCAGGCUGAGCCCUUGUGAAUGGAAUGAGCCAAAGAAUGAAGAGAAUCACUUCACCUUCUUAAACAGCCUCUGGUUUGGAGCAGGAGCGCUCACGUUGCAAGGUGCCACCCCUCGGCCCAAGGCGUUCUCCGUGCGGGUCAUCGCUGCCAUCUGGUGGCUCUUCACCAUUGCUUUGUUGGCCGCUUACAUCGCCAACUUCACUGCGCUGCUGAGCUCUGGCAGCGAGCAGCUCACGAUCCAAACGUUUGAAGAUCUUGUAAAGCAAAGAAAGAUCGAGUUUGGGACGCUGGAUGGCUCCUCCACUUUCUACUUCUUCAAGAACUCCAAGAAUCCCAUCCAUCGGAUGAUCUUUGAAUAUAUGGACAAGAGACGAGACCAUGUUUUAGUCAAAACCUACCAGGAAGCAGUUCAGCGUGUGAUGGAAUCCAAUUACGCCUUCAUUGGUGAAUCAAUCUCUCAAGACCUUGCAGCCGCCAGGCACUGCAAUUUGAUCAGAGCCCCUGAAGUUAUUGGAGACAGAGGAUACGGCAUCGCCACUGCCCAGGCAUCGCAAUGGACUGAGAAGCUCUCAGUUGCUGUCCUCAAACUGCGUGAAUCGGGUGAUCUCGACUACUUGCGUAACAAGUGGUGGGAAUCCAGCUGCCUUCACAGCAGAGAGAGAUGGAGUCCUCUGCAGCCCCAAGCUCUGGGUGGGCUCUUUCUUACUCUUGCAGUUGGCCUCGCGUUAGGAGUGAUUGCAGCUAUGGUGGAGCUGUCAAAUAAGAGCAGACAUGCUGCUGGACACGUCAAGAAAUCUUGUUGCUCCAUUUUCACAGAAGAAAUGUGCACCCGUCUACGUAUAAAAGAAAAUACAAGACAAAGCCAGGAGACUUCAGGGAGGGCUAAUGCUUAAAAAAAAUGCUUAAGGAAUGGGCAUAUAUUAAUGUUCUACCAUUUAUAUGUCAUAGGAGCUACAUCACUGUAGGAAGAUAAUUUUCUGCAAGACUAGAGUGUUAGUUUCCUAAUUAGAAACACAGAACUUCUGGAUUGAUGGUGGAGCUGGUUAUAGAAGAAAACCAAGCAGCCUGGAGGUAUUUAAAUUGAUAAGGACGAGAGUGCAACUGCUAGAAAUUGAGGGAGGUCAAGGUGGGGGGAAUCACAUCCAUGUUUAAUUUAGAAGUUUACUAUGAAAGUGCACGAAUGCCUGCAGGAGUAAAUGGCUUGGGACACGUUAAUACGAAGCCUAAUUAUAGAAUGAGGUACAAUCUCGGAAAUUAAAGCUUUCAUCUGACUCUUCUAAUCAAGAAUAACUGCUUCUUCAGAUUUUAAUUAUAAAUAGACUGUACUUCUGCCCUCUUCUAGGCAAAUGAUAGUGAUCAAUGCGAAGGUCGUUUCUGAGUCAGAAAGGACAUUACAGAUGCUUCCAUCCCAAUAAUGCGGGAUUUAAUUGUAUUCUACACAAAGGCCUAAAAUCUGAGAAAGGGAAGCAUUCUUAAUUCUUAAGGAACUGGAUUUAAGAAGCGUCUGUUUUCCAUCAGAAGACAGGUUUCCUUGUUUGCCUAUUGAGGACAGUCUGUCCUCAUUAACCUGACUGGGAAGUAUUUAGGAAUAAGAUUCAUAAUUCAAAUCCAAGAGCAGUAGAACGUGAACACCAGAAAACAAUCAGUUAAAGAAAGUACAAAUUCAGUAGGAAAAUGGUGAGUGAGCAACGGGCGUGUUUUGUUAUUUUCUUGCUGUCAGAGAAGAAUCUUUGAAAUUCACGGGGAACAGUUUCCUUCAGUUACAAAUUAAGUGGUUUUCUCAUUAAGCUGUUUUUCAUUGGUGGAAUGGCUGAUACGUGCACAAACUGUUUUGUAAAUUCAUGGUUCAGUCGCUGCAUUUACGUACUGCACAGCUGACAGAGCAGGGCACAAAUUCAGUUACUUAGAAGUGGUUUUAACUGGACUGUAUGGACAGAGAGACUAAUUCCUGUCUAUUAAAUAACUGAAGGAAACAGAAAUUAAUGUGUCUGUGACAGGGAUAGAGCUGGUUGUUCCUGAAUAAAGUGUUAUAGAUUCACUUUGAAUGCAGUGUAGACUUAAACUUCUGAUUACUGCUAAAUAAUUUAGUAUGGGUGCAGCCUGUCCCCCUCUCCCCACAUCAGACUGUUAAUAACAGUGGAAGCAGCAGGAGUUAAGAGUUCUCUAACUGUUGGUAGUGAUUUCAGUUAUCCACUAUGUGCUCUCACAUAACAGUUCUGUUUUAAAUGCAGCUGAAACAAAGUUCGUUAGAUUAGGAGACGGAUCAGUCCUUCAACCAAAUUAACUGCAAAGAGCAUGAGACUGUUUGGGUAAGUUUAAAAGCUGACAUGGAAAAAUACAAUGUCAGAUUCGCUUAGCACUUUAAAAACUAUUUGGUAUGUGCCAUGUCAUUGCUGGCAGAGUAGGCAGAGAUGUAUAAAAAAAGGUUUCAUUGACAUUUAAAUAUAUUUCUAUAUGAAUGUCUCACAGAACAAAAAAAUAAAGUCUUUUCAUCACAAA